GUUUAGUGUGCGGACGUGACUACAUUCCAAGUUUAAUCAUGACUUUACAAGUUGCUGGGUUACUCGCAGGAAACAUACUUGCUGGACAGUUAUCAGAUAUGAUUGGGCGUAAACCUCCAUUCUUCACCUCCAUAAUUCUCAUAACUGUUUUCAAUCUGGUUGGUUUCUUUUCGGUAAACUGGGUCAUGUUUGCUGUUGCGAGGAUUUUCGUCGGCAUUGGAUCCGGAUUUUUCUUGUCGACACAAUAUUGUUUGUUAUCCGAAUUUUCCUUAGCAAAAUGGCGCGUGUGGAUCGUUGGUUUUCCCUCUUGGCCGAUAGAAGGAUGCGUGUUUGCACUGUGCGCCUGGCUGAUACAGGACUGGCGAUAUAUGCAGCUCUUGACAGGCAUCAUGGGAAUCCCAUGUUUAUUUGCAUGGUUCAUAAUUCCCGAAAGUUUCCGCUGGUACAUUGGACACGAUAAGUCUGAUAAGGCCCUUGAAGUGAUCAAUAAAGUUGCAAAGUAUAACGACCGCCAUGAAGUGGAAUUGGGGCACCUAAUGGAGAAACCGGAAGUGAAAAAGGACCGGAAGUACACCGUCAUUGACUUGUUCAAGUCAAAGACUCUCAUACGGAAUACAAUUCUUUCCAUCUUUAAUUGGUAAGAAAC